GCGUUUAAGAAUCGUAAGUGGCAGCGAUUUUUGGCGAUAACUUGACACGUUUAGGUUUUGUGAUUGUGGUUGCAACAUAAAGGGCUAUUUUGUUUACGUAAGUUAAGAGGAUUCUAAAAUUUGUAUAAAUAUCCCCCCUGAAAUUUCUUAGAUUAAUUCAAAAUAAAUUGCUAAGUUACAUUUCAGUGAGUCAUUUGGAAACAUGGCCUGUAAUUCGCGUGAAGAACAAAAUGAGCUUCGAGAUAUUGAUGCUAAUUGUUCUAAAAGUGAAAAUAGUUGUAAUAAUAUUUCAGAAAAUUCUCGUUCAGUAGAUUUCAUGUCAGAACUAGAAAACGAAAUAUCGAAUUUCUAUAAUGAAGUACAUAAAAUUCUGAAGGCGAAACGAAGAAGCUUAGAAGAGUUUACGAAGGAAACUAUUUGUAGAGGGGCUGAAAGAGUUUCUGAAGAGUAUCAAAAUAUUCAUGAUGAAAAAAGAAAGCUUGUGUAUCGAUUUCGGCGAAACUUUUUCUCCUUGAUUACCGAAUAUGAAGUCGAAGAAAAAAAACUGAAGAAAUUCAAUAAAAGCCAUAAAGGGCAUCAUGAGCGAAAGAAAUUGGAAGCAAAGCUUUUUCAACUUUCUGAAACUCUGAAAAAUUUGAUUAACCAGUUUUGCGAGGAUGUGAAUAAUUUAGAAGAAGAUCAUCUGAAGAUUUAUCAUAAGAUUUAUGAUGAAUUGCAAUACGAAUUUACUUGCAUUGAGGAAGGAAUCCGUUUGAGAAUGUUCUCUGAUGAAUGUGCGGAAGCACACUAAAUUUCGUUUAUAAACCUAUUGUUCAGUUCAUUUUGGAUCUGAAAUAAAGUUUAUUUGGUAUUAAA